UGUUCCUCCCACGGUUGUUCCCUAAAAAUGUGGAAGAAAGCGCUGCUGCGGAGCCUCCUGAUCGACCUAUGCAGCAACUGGACGCCGAACUUCUACGAUAAGAAACUACGAAAGAUCACUCCAGCGCAGUGCUUUCGAGCGGCGAUAGAGGAUGGAACCAGCACUGUCUUCAUAGCUCUCGAGGGUAAACUGAUUAUCAACGAAGAAAUGAUGGAAUCCGUCUCACAGACGCUCGAGACUGACACGGGGAUAGGGAGAAGGACAAAGCGUCGUGUAAUAUUGCUGGCCAAUUUGUAA